AAAUAUGAAGAGUCGCUAAAUUAUUAUAUGAAAGCUAAUCAAAUUAAACCAAAAAAUGCCGGUAUAUUAUUAGGUCUAGGACAAGUCUGCGUUUCGCUUAAUAACUAUGAAGAGUCGUUAAAUUAUUAUAGGAAAGCAAAUCAAAUUGAACCGCAAAAUGUCGAUAUAUUAUUAUGUCUAGGACAAACUUAG